GCGCACUACGAGACAACUGGGCCGGAAGUCAUGCGGCAGACGAGGGGUAAGAUCACUCACUUCGUGAGCUCCAUGGGUACGACAGGCACGGCAAUGGGCACUUCGCGCUACUUCAAGGAGUUCAAGCCAGAAGUUCAGAUCGUCGGGCUUCAACCCGCUGCAGGGGCGCAGAUUCCCGGAAUCCGGCGGUGGCCAAAG